CUGGCAUGAUCACAGAUUGAGAGACGGCGCAGAAAGUCGAGACAGUGUUUUCAUUUCGGGAAUUAUUCCUACGGCUAGACGUAUUGUUUUGUUCGGUAAAGUAGUGUUUUUUUAUUUGAUUCGAGCGCAAUGGGCAAUUUCCUCACUGUUUCUCUUGAAGAAUCACUCGACAUUUGUUUUGCGUUUAAAUUAAUUGAUCGAACAUAAAGAAAUAUGUAACCGGUGAAGAAAAAAAGUACGAGAGAUGUCAAGUGUCGUCAAUGGUUGUGUUGACGUUUUUCACUGUACGUGAGUUGUGACACAGUGACAGUUUGUGCAUGCAUACAUAUAUGUCUUGUAUGUACAAUUAUCAAAGCAGGAAAGCUAGGGUCGUCAUUCGGGGAGUUUUGUGCUUUACAUUUAUUGUAAGAAAGUUUCAUAUUUUGUAAAGAGAAAACAAUGGGGCUUGUACAAAGCCGAGGAAGCAGCGAGAACGAUGUCAGUACGCGAGAGAUUUUCGCCGGUAGUAUAAAAAGCGCUGGACAGCCUUGUUUAGGAAUGGGGAGUCUGGGUGGACCUCACGCCCGAAGCGGCAGCGUUCGGAGUGCACCAAGACAACCAAUGCCGGAUGCCGUCGAACUCGAGAGGCGCUUCACGAAAGUAUUAGCUUCAAUGGAUUUGCCACCAGACAAAGCAAAGCUUUUAAAACAAUACGAUAACGAAAAAAAGUGGGACAUCAUUUGUGAUCAAGAAAGAGUUCAAGCCAAGGAUCCACCAUCACAUUAUUUGACAAAACUCCGAACGUAUUUAGAUCCGAAAGCAUCUAGAAGCCAUCGAUCGUAUCGUUUCCUUACAUUCUUUCAGAAGAGAAAAAUUGUUGGCGAAUCAACAUCAACGCAAGUUCUUCGAGAUUUAGAAAUAUCAUUGCGCACAAAUCACAUAGAAUGGGUACGGGAAUUUUUAGACGAAGAAAAUCAAGGUCUUGACGCAUUGAUAGAUUACCUUAGCUUUAGGUUACUCAUGAUGCGACAUGAACAACGACUUCUUGAAGAGAGACAUGAAUCUGAAGAAAGAUUGCAAUCAUCCGGAACAGGCGAAUCUUCACCAUUAAAUAAUGGAUGUCUCAGACCACCUCUACAUGACUUGAAAGAUAGUCCAGGGGUAAAACGACGAUCGAGGCACGUAGCUCGAUUGAAUAUGGGAGAGGCAAAGGACGAUAUUCAUGUUUGCAUACUCUGUAUGCGUGCCAUCAUGAAUAAUAAAUACGGAUUCAAUAUGGUGAUACAACAUCGAGAGGCUAUUAACUGCAUAGCUCUAAGUCUUAUGCAUAAAAGUUUAAGAACAAAAGCCUUAGUAUUGGAACUACUGGCAGCGAUCUGUUUAGUAAAAGGAGGACACGAAAUUAUUUUAUUCGCUUUUGAUAAUUUCAAGGAAGUGUGUUCGGAAAGGCGAAGAUUUACGACAUUAAUGGCGUAUUUUACUCAAUAUGACAGUUUCCAUAUUGAAUUUAUGGUUGCAUGUAUGCAAUUUAUAAACAUUGUUGUACAUUCUGUAGAUGAUAUGAAUUUCAGGGUGCACUUGCAAUACGAGUUUACAAAACUCGGACUUGAUGAAUACCUUGAUAAACUAAGGCAUACAGAGAGCGAAGAUUUGCAGGUUCAAAUUUCGGCUUAUCUAGAUAAUGUGUUUGAUGUAGCUGCUCUAAUGGAGGACAGUGAAACGAAGACUGCAGCUUUAGAAAAAGUAGCUGAAUUGGAAGAUGAACUUGGUCACGCACACGAUAGGAUGACCGAAUUAGAAAGGGAGUCUCUAACGAAAUUAGCAGAAUUAGAAACCGAAUUAGGCGCUACAAAGGUUGAAUAUGCUGAUGCAUUGGAAGCACGUAGAUUAGUUGAGGACGAGCUCACUGCUUUGAAACGUCAAAAACAAGACUCUGCUCGUAGACAAAGUGUUUUAGAAAAUAAAAUUAUGGAACUAGAAUCACUAACAGGAACUCUCACUAAAGGAACUUCUGGUGAAAUUACUUGUCUUCGAAAUGGAAGUCCAACUAAUUCUCCAACAACCGAAAAUGAAUUAACAUUGACAAUAACAUCAAAGACUUCUCCAGUGCAAAGUCCAACUCCAGCUCCACCUCCUCCACCACCACCGCCUCCUUGUCCACCUCCACCUCCUGCUACACCUUUCUUGAAAGACAACAGAGGACCGCCACCAGUUCCAAUUCCACCGCCACCUGCAGGAAUGAUGCAAGCACCCGAUGGAGCUAUGACUAUAAAGCGAAAGGUACAAACGAAAUAUAAACUUCCAACAUUAAAUUGGGUUGCACUUAAGCCUAAUCAAGUCCGAGGCACAAUUUUCAACGAAUUAGAUGACGAACGACUUCAUAAUUUUAUUGAUUUCUCCGACUUUGAAGAACGUUUUAAACUUGGAAUGGUCGGACACAUCACCAAUGGAAACAGUGAAUUUGAUGGACUUCAAAGUUUUCCAAGUAAAAGAUUUAAAAAGCCCGAGAAUAUUACUCUUUUGGAACACACAAGAUUACGAAAUAUUGCAAUAUCAAGAAGAAAAUUGGAAAUGCCUGUUGACAAAGUUAUUAUGGCAGUAAACGCUCUUGAUUUAAAAGUACUUUCGUUAGAAAAUGUCGAAUUACUUCAACGAAUGGUUCCAACUGAUCAAGAAAUUAAAGUUUACCGAGAAUAUAUAAUAAAUAAAAAAAAUGUAAAUCUUCUGACGGAGGAAGAUAAAUUCUUGAUGCAAUUAGGCAAAGUUGAAAGGAUAUCAUCGAAAUUAUCGAUAAUGAAUUAUAUCGGUAACUUUUUUGACAAUUUGCAUCUCAUUACGCCACAAAUUCAUGCUGUGAUAUCUGCCUCAAGUUCAGUGAAAAGCUCGAAGAAAUUGAGAGCAGUUUUAGAAAUAAUUCUUGCCUUUGGAAAUUAUUUGAAUAGUAGUAAACGUGGUCCUGCUUAUGGAUUUAAGUUGCAAAGUUUGGAUACUUUAUUGGAUACCAAAUCAACAGAUAAAAGAAUGUGCCUUUUGCACUACAUCGUAGCAACAAUACGAUUAAAAUUCCCUGAACUCAUCAAUUUCGAAUCGGAAUUGAUGUACAUUGACAAAGCUGCAACGGUUUCCCUCGAGAACAUCACAACAGACGUUCAUGAGUUGGAGAAAGGUAUGGAUCUUGUUCGUAAGGAAUUUGAGCUUCGUGGGAAAGAAAAACACAAUACAGUGUUGCGUGAUUUUUUGAAUAAUUCUGAAGAAAAAUUACGAAGAAUGAAAGCUGAUUCUCGAACGGCAGGAGAUGCUUUUAGAGAAUGCAUUGAAUUUUUUGGUGAAAGUCCAAGACAAGCGGAUGCUAACACUUUCUUCUCGCUUCUUGUCAGAUUCGCAAGAGCUUUUAAGACUGCAGAUCAAGAAAAUGAACAACGUCGAAGAUUGGAAUUAGCUGCUGCCGAAGCACUAAACACAUCAGAAGAAGUUAUUAAGAGAAAUAAACUAAACCAAAAGAAGCAACAGGAUGCUGUUAUAAAUGAACUGAAAAGCAAGACCAAAAUGGUACAGGAGAAGAAGCUUUUGCAACAAGAUGAAGUAUAUAAUGGAGCUCUGGAGGACAUUCUUCUGGGUUUAAGAUCUGAACCUUAUCGUCGUGCCGACGCCGUUAGACGAAGUCAACGUCGACGAAUCGAUAAUCAUCGAUUGUCUCGCACUGCCGAAGAGCUAGAAUUAUAAUACGAAAAUUCGUUUCAUUGGAAGCGAAAUUACUUUUUAUAUUUCUUGAUAUAAAAUCUAGUUUCUAAUCUAUAUCUGUCUUAAGAAUCAAUUUUCAAAGAUUUUUGAUAAAAUAGCUUAGCUUUUUUGAUAUAUAUACAUAUUUUUGAACUCAAUGUACAAAGGACAAUUUAUUGGUGCUAACAGUAAUUAGUCCAGAAUUCAUCAACUCUACAAAAAUUAGAGAGAAAAUUACGCAGAUUUAAAUUAUUGUGAAAUUAGUUAAGCACAAAAAUUAAGCAAUAAUAAUUUUCUAAUAUCGUUUUAAAGAAAAUAUAAACGGUUAUUUUAUUUUUAGAUGAAAAUUUGACAAUUAAUUAAAAUAAUGUAACAAAAGCAUUUCAUCUAAAAAAAGUUAGUGUAGGUUUUUAUAAGUUUUACUAAAUUGAAAAAGAUAAUUAUACAAAACUUAAAAAAAAAUUCACAAAUAUUUUGAUAAGAAGUUUUGUAGCAAACGAUUUAAUCGCUAAAUGAACACUAAAAUAUAAUCUCAUCGUAUAUAUUUGAUAUUAUUAAUUUAUAGUUUUAUGAAUAUAAAAGAUUAUUCACUUUUAUUUCUUGUUGGCCGUUAUAUAAUGAUUGUUUAGAGAAAUUUAUCGAUUUCAAAGAAAAUUUUUGCACUAUUUUGAAAUUAUAUAACUUGAUUGUAAUAUAGUUUAUAAAAUAUGACGUUUAUCAAGUUCUGUUUUUCUUAGAGAAGACAUUCCACAAUAUUAUCAGUUUUGAAAUAUUGAAAGGAUAAAAAAGACAAUUUAUUUUGUAUACUUGUUUCAAGUAUAGGCUUAAAAAGUGACGAUUUGUGAUUAAAGCUGCCUCAGAUGCACUCUCAGUAUCUUUACGAAAGUAAAAUUACCGUACAUGAAAUGCUUUAUAAUUUAAUGGAAAAUACCUUUACUGAUCAUCUAAACAA